CACGCAACCUGGAAGGUCUCUACGAACCCCAGGAAUGGUCCAUUGUCUGAGGUACGCCUCUGUCGUUGUUCGGACCCUUUUAAGUACAGUUUCUCUUGGCAUGUUGAGCUUUAUACGCGCAGCGGGAUAGUACCGCGCUACCGCGGGCUGCGCGACCAAUCGGCUCGUUUUAAACUGGCUAGAAACAAAAUUUAAGUCCAGUGUGCUUACAUCUCCGGUAUAGAGCGAAACCAAGAAGGCUAUUGCCCUCAAUUUCAGGGCCGGAUCCGCAGCAUGUGUGUAAAAGUUUGUGCGGGAUAAACCGUAUUGUUUUUGUUUUGCCAUUUCUAGUGCCAUGUGACAGACGGAUAAGCAGAAUUAGGUGUAGUAUGCCAGUGUAAAAGCUCAGGCGCAGAUAAGCUAGCUGCAUGGUUGAAUAGGGCCUAAAAAUGACUUAUCCUUCUGUAGUGUUGUGGGCUGUAAUAGUACAAAUUUUAAGUGAGAGUAUACAAAUAGGUGGACAAUAUAUAGGAGCUAGACAAAGGAUACACAAUCACCCUAUAAGAGUGCCGUACUCACAGAAAGUUGAGCUGUCGCAUUCACCAGACGCAGAUUUGGACAUAGAUGGUCGACAUCUACAGGAGCUUCAUCCGUUGACAGAUAUAUACAAAUUCCGCAGAACUGGUUAUAAUUCACAACAGGGGUACGAACCAAAGAAACUUCAUCCAUGUGAACAGAGUUCCUGUUAUCCAGCAACUGGUAAUUUACUAAUAGGGCGAGAGAACCAAUUGUAUUCGUCGUCGACAUGCGGUCUUCAUGGCCAACAAAGAUAUUGCAUUGUGUCGCAUUUAGACGCAGAAAGAAAAAAAUGCUUUUGGUGCGACUCGAGGCCCACGUUGAAACCAAACCCACUGCUGAACCACAAUAUUAGUAACAUAGUGUAUCGAAUGUAUCCAGGGACUCGGACGAAAUCGUGGUGGCAGUCAGAAAAUGGGAAAGAGAAAGUACAGAUCCAGCUAGAUUUAGAGGCGGAAUUCCAUUUCACGCAUUUGAUAAUCACGUUCAAGACUUUCAGGCCAGCUGCCAUGUUGAUCGAGAGGUCGUACGAUUUCAAUCAGAAUUGGCAAGUUUAUAGGUACUUUGCGUACAACUGUUCAGAAAGCUUUCCAGGAGUACGUGAAGGACCUCCAAGAGAUCUAACGGACGUGGUGUGUGAGUCCAGGUACUCCGCGGUAGCACCAUCAACGGAUGGAGAAGUCAUCUACAGGGUGUUGCCUCCGAAUCUACCGAUUGACAAUCCGUACUCGGAGCAAGUUCAAGGGUUGUUGAAGAUCACUAACUUGAGAAUAAAUUUUACGAAACUUCAUACACUUGGUGAUGAUUUGCUGGACAGGCGAGAAGAAAUACAGGAAAAAUAUUACUACGCCAUCACUGAAAUGGUAGUGAGAGGGUCUUGUUCAUGUUAUGGCCACGCAAAUCGUUGCUUGCCGCUUCCGGGUAUCGAACCCAAACCGGAUAUGGUCCACGGAAGGUGUGAGUGCACCCACAACACCAAAGGACGAAAUUGUGAAAAGUGCGAGGAUUUCUUCAACGAUCUACCAUGGAGACCAGCUAUUGGCAAGCAGACUAAUGCUUGCAAACGAUGUAACUGCAAUAACCACGCAACAAGUUGUCACUUCGAUCCCGCACUGUACGAAUCAACCGGAAGGGUAAGUGGAGGCUUUUGCGAUGGUUGCCAACACAACACCAUGGGUGCCAACUGUGAACAGUGCAAACCGUUCUACUACAAGGACCCCCAGAGAGAUAUACAAGAUCCUGAAGUGUGCAGACCCUGUGACUGUGAUCCACACGGGUCGCUGGACGACGGAAUAUGUGAUUCUGUGACAGACCCGCUGAAUGGCUUAGCCGCAGGCAGCUGUCAUUGCAAAGCAAAUGUCGAAGGAAGAAGGUGUGAUGUAUGUAAGAAUGGAUAUUGGAACUUCACCGACGUUAACCCUGAAGGAUGUCAGCCAUGCACUUGUAAUACUCUUGGCACCAUCGACAAUCAAGGUUGCAAUGUAUACACCGGAGAAUGUACCUGCAAACGAUACGUCACGGACCGGAACUGUGAUCAAUGCAUGCAGCAAUAUUGGGGGUUGUCUGACAGCAAAGAUGGCUGCCAGCCUUGCAACUGCGAUCCCGGUGGUUCCUACGACAACUUCUGUGACGUAAUUACCGGCCAGUGCAAAUGCAGGGAAUAUAUGACUGGAAGAGCUUGCGAUCAACCCAAACAGCAAUACUUCGUUGCCAGCUUGAACUUUUUGCUCUACGAAGCUGAGACAGCUAAGACUAGCGGGCAAGUGCUCAUCAGAGAACCUUCCAGAGGCGAUGUUGAAGAUACUUGGACUGGAAUUGGCUUCGUUAAGGUUGAGGGCGGUUUCUUGGAGUUCAUCAUUGACGAUAUAAAAACAUCCAUGGACUACGAUAUCGUCAUCAAAUAUGAGCCUACUAGAGCCGACACCUGGGAGGACGUAAUCGUAACUGUGGAACGACCAGGUCCGGUGAACUACAACGGAACAUGUGCGAGAAUCAACCCCCAAGAUGACGUCAAGCACGUCAGCCUGCCGUCAAACCAAAGGAGUGUCACGGUUUAUCCUCCAGUGUGUCUUGAAGCUGGCAAGGUGUAUAAGAUUCGACUGGACUUCAGAACUGACAGAAGGAAAGAGAGUCCAACUGCUUCAGUGCUCAUUGAUUCCAUUGCCCUGAUUCCAAGAAUUGAGCAGAUUCCUUGGUUCAUGGGAUCUCCAGCGGCUGAGGUUAGAAGAAGGGAGUACGAGAGGUUCCAUUGUAAUGAUCCAGCCUACUUUGGGAAAGCUCAAAAUGUACCAGAGAUCUGUAAGAAGUACCACAUUAGCAUUGCUGCGUAUGUCUUCAACGGCGCAUUUUCGUGUCAAUGUGACCCAGAAGGUUCAAAGAGUCUGUUCUGCGAUCCAUUUGGUGGAUUCUGUACCUGCAAACCCAACGUGGUAGGACGAAGAUGUGACCGAUGUGCUCCUGGGACAUACGACUUUUUCAACCGCGAUGGAUGUAAAGCCUGUGACUGCAAUAGUAUAGGCGCCCUUGACAAUUUCUGUAAUGCUACCACGGGACAGUGCAAAUGUAAGCCGAAUACAUAUGGAAGAGAAUGCAACAAGUGCAGAACCGGCUUCUGGAAUUUCCCGAACUGCGAGAGGUGUGAGUGUAAUGGACAUGCAGACACCUGUGAGCCUACAACAGGGGUUUGCAACCAAUGUAGGGACAACACUAUGGGUGAUCACUGCGAAUAUUGUAUCAACGGCUUUUACGGCGACCCUAGGAUCAACGUGGACAUCCCUUGCAGACCUUGUCCAUGUCCAGGACAGCUGCAGUCGAAUCACUCUUUCGCAGACACUUGCAAUUUGGACCCUAUCACCAGAGACGUCAUUUGCGAGUGUAAGCCUGGUUAUGCUGGAGCUAGGUGUGACAUUUGUUCGGAUAAUUACUAUGGGAACCCCGAGGUGCCUGGUGGCUCCUGUAGAUCUUGCGAUUGCAAUGAUAAAGUCGAUUUAUUGGUACCAGGCAAUUGCGAUCCACGGACUGGAAAGUGCCUCAAAUGCCUCUACGACACGACAGGUGAUCACUGUGAGGUAUGCCGUCCUGGAUUUUUCCGUUACUCCGAAGACAGGCCAUGCGAAGAGUGCAAAUGUGACGAGCUCGGCACCAACACAACUGCAGGACCAUGUGAUCCUUCCAGUGGUCAAUGCACGUGCUUACCAAACGUCACUGGGUUGAGGUGCGACCAGUGUAUCGUUAAUCACUGGAAAAUUGCUAGUGGUCACGGAUGCGAGCAUUGCGACUGUGAUCCUUUAGGUUCUGAAAGUCCUCAGUGUCAUGAGUACUAUGGCCAAUGUAGGUGCAAAGAAGGUUUUGGAGGAAGGCAGUGUAACGAAUGCAUGCCAAGCUUCUAUGGAGAUCCCAAAAUACAAUGCUUACAGUGCCAGUGUAACUACUUGGGUACGAGAACAUCCCAGUGUAACAGACAAACUGGAGCCUGUCAGUGCUUAGCUGGUAUUGGAGGGUAUCAUUGUGAUAGGUGUGAUAGAGGAUAUACAGGAGCCAUACCAGAUUGUAUAACGUGCGGAGAAUGCUUCGACAACUGGGACAGAAUUCUGCAGGAAACCAAAAACGAUACUGCGGAGAUCAUCCUCAGAGCUGGAGAUAUCAAAACCCUGGGCGCCACCGGUGCAUAUACCAAAGAAUUUGACGAUAUGCAGACUCAACUUGAAGAGAUCGAACAGCUCUUGAACAACACCAAUGAAAUCAGCACCGAAGAUAUUGAAAUCCAGUUGCAAAGGUUGAGGGAAAAAAUCAAUCAAACGGAAGCAGAGCAGUUAAACGCACUCGAUGAUCAGUUGUGGUCGCAAAAAGAGGACAUUCUGUUGAGAGAGGUUAAAGCCAAUACGCUGAAUAACACACUGAACGAACUGAAAAAUAAAAUUAAAGAGUUGGAAAAUAAUGGGACGAAACUACAAGAAGCAAAUGUACAAGGUGCUCUAACACUCAUCGCCAAUGCGAGGGAUAAAGCUGAAAAGGCUGGUCGAAAAGCUAAUCACUCCCAGGAGGACAUUAUUUACGCUGAAACCCAAUGCACAGCUACGGAAACCUUGAUAAACAACUCUCAAGAUAAGUACACUAAACAAUCGGAAGUCAACGACAACAAAUUGAAGGAAAUAUCGCAGAAGCUGGAGGAACUAGACCAUGAAUUUCCAGGACUGAAUAGUUUAGUCUGCGAUGGUGGUGGAUCUCCUUGUCAUCCCAUAUGUGGUGGCGCUGGUUGUGGCAGUUGUGGCAAUUCAUUAACUUGCUCUAAUGGCGCCAAACAGCAAGCUGAGACUGCAGUACUUAACGCAAAUGACACAGAAAUCGCCCUCAGGAAUAAGGAGAGUCUGGCCAAUGAUUUUAUAAGAAAUGUUUCGCAAAUAAAUACAAAUGAUACAAGAAACCUGGCUCAAGCUACGUACGAUAAAAUUAAAGAUGAACUGUCGAAAGCCAACAAUUCGCUGAAAUUGGUUACCGAUAUGCGAGAGGAAAUGAACGAAUUCAUGGGUCAAAAUAAUACAAAACCAGAAGAUAUUCAGCACUUGGCUGAAGAGAUCUUCGAGAAAAACAUCGAAAAAACCCCAGAGGAAGUACAAGAAUUGGCGGACAAUAUAAAGGAUGCUGUGGAUCGUCUGACCAAUACUGAUUAUAUUAUUGAUGAAACCAAAGAUGAUUUGGCCAAGGUGAAUCAGCUCAAAGCACAUGCAGAACAAGCGAAGGAGAAUGCAACAAAAUUAUUGAAAGAAGCUGAAGACGUGAAUGAUUCCCUCAACAAAACUCAGGAUGCCCAAGCAGAAGCUGAAAACGCAAUUGAUAAGGCGAGGAAUGAUUACAAGAUCGUCGAGGAUAUGCUGAAUACGAUUGAGAACAAUACAGACGCUGCACAGCGCACAACGAAAAACAUCGAUGACAAUAUCCAUGCUCUGAAAAGCAAGCUGACAGAUUUGCAGAGAAACAUCACGGACAGUGGUGUCUUUGCCAACAGAGUGAUCAAAAACUCGGUCAGCAUCAUGAAGAAUGCUCAGCAAACCAAAACUGAUUCGGCAAAGCUUCAGGAACAGUACCACACGGUUCAGAAAGAACUGGACGAUAAGUUGAAUAACGUGAAGUCUAUCAAAGAAAGGGCGGACGAACUGUUCAACAAAGCCUUGAAUUUAGUUGCAAAGGUAACGAAAACUCAAGAUGAUAUCCAUCAGUUAGAAAAUAACAAUCAGUCAAAUGAUUUGGAUCAUUUGGAAAGACAAUUACAAAAUCUUAUUAGGAGGAUGAAUGAAUACACAGGUGCUUUAGAAGGAAAACUACAGUACUACAAAAGCUGUGUUGGCAAAUAGUAUAUGCUAAUAAAUGUAUUUGAGACCAAAUUGUUUUUUAUUUCACAAGGAGGUUUGUACAAUGAUGAAUUUUUAAUUCCAUCGGAGAACCAUUCAACGUUCACUAUGAUAUUGCAGUUUUCCUUACAGCAUUGAUUUCUUCUACUUUUAUGUACGCAAACUGUACAUUGCAAUGUAUAACAAAAGUUGACCCUUAACCAUUGGGGUGUUUAUCAAAAUGGGUCCUGUUUGCAAAGCUGAAAUUUGGGGCGAUGAAAUGAACACAUAAAUACUAUAUUUUAGCGUAAAAGUGGCAGAAAAUUGUGCGCCAUCUUGGAACAUUUCUCGAAGGGAAUUGGUGAUCAAAUAAUACAUUAUUUUUAGGCUCAUUGUCAGUAACGAUAGAAUAUAAAAUAAUGUAUUUUAAAACGUUUGUGUACAUCGAAUCUACAUUACAUUAAAAGAUAGUGCCCAGCUGCCAUUUUUAAGUUUUCCACUAUUAUUUCAACUUCAUGAUUCUAAAUUUCAGCAUGCUAGCUUUACUCACUGAAAAAAUUAGUAGGAAGCGUUUUGAAAAUCACUGUAUAUCCUCGAUAUCACUGUUAGUGAAGCAAUGUAAUUUUCUACGAACGUUGCAAUUUUGCCUAUAAAACUCGAUCUGGCGAUAUAUUUUUGUAUUUUUUAAGAAUAAAUAGAUACAAAAGACCAAUGAGAUAGUUAUUCUGACACAGAAAGUUCGAGCAUUGAUAAGAAACUUCUGACAACAUUUAAAGAGAAUUCUCCCGCUGUAAUGAGUGUUUGAAAGAAUAUGAUUUUACUAUGUUUUUAUCUCAAUUGAUAGACAGUGAAUGAAUGGUUCACCAGAUGCAGUUGAAGCUUUUCAACAUUUAUAUGAAAUUUAGUAGAUGUUUUUUAAGAAUCAAUUGAAUUUGAUGAUCGCCAACAAUAUAGCAUUUAUAUAAUACAAAAAUCUAUUUUUUAAGCUUAUCUUCAGUCUUUUUAGACUUGCUUGAAGCGACUUUUAUACAGGCAGUUUAAUUUUAACCAGUUUUGUAUUUCUGUAAAUAAAAUAUUUAUUUUAGGUUUUUACCCAUUUUUUCUGUACCACUAGUAUAUUGAGUAGCAUUUUUCGAAAAUAAUUUAAGACAGUUUUAAAAUGUAUGUAUGUGUGUAUUUAUUUCCUAUUUUUAGUAGACUAAUAAUAUUAGAUAGCAUUCAUGUAUAAGUUCUGUAAAACUUGUAUGGAAUAUCAAAUAAAAAUUAACGAACA